AAACAUCCACCGGACACCCAUACAAUACCGCCAAAAUGGUUUCCGACGCCCGCCUCACCUACCGCCGCCGCAUGCCCUACAACACCAAGAGCAACAAGGUCCGCGUUGUCAAGACUCCAGGUGGCGAGCUCAGAUACCUUCACUUGAAGAAGCGAGGAACUGCACCAAAGUGCGGUGACUGUGGCUCCAAAUUGGCUGGUAUCCCAGCCCUCCGCCCUCGCGAAUACGCUACCAUCUCCCGACCCAAGAAGACCGUCCAGCGCGCAUACGGCGGCUCGCGCUGCGCCAACUGCGUCCGGGACCGUGUUGUUCGUGCUUUCCUGAUCGAGGAGCAGAAGAUCGUCAAGAAGGUCAUGAAGGAGGCCGAGAAGAAGCAAAAGCGAUAGAUGUUUCGAUGCAGGAAUGAGCGAGCAUGGACGGUGCGAUGGGAAGAUUCGGAAUCUCGGCGCAACAUGGCAGGCAGGUUUGAUUCAUCUUGAUCGACGAGAUGCCGUUGUGUAGUUUUCUGCUGUCUAUACUGCACUGGGCGCAAGAUCUGCUCCCAGCUGCGAUGGCAAGAGCCGCUGAAUGAAUUCAACGUCGACUGACACGAUCAAUACCCGUGUCUGUGCCUCAAGCAUG